AUGCGGACGCCGGAGGGGAAGAAGGUACCAUUGAAGAACCGAGACAAAGUGGUUCAGACCCUGCAUGAGUUGAAUACGAAGGUGGCGCUGCCCAUUUGUCGCCAAUUUGGCCUGCGCUACAACUUCUUUUCGGAACACCACCCGCAGGCCAAAAAGGCCGGAGUCACCUGCAAAGAGCCAUUGAUCUUGCGGAAGCAGGGACCAGAUGGCACCGAGGUUCAGGAGACUCGCUACUUGGUGACGAUCAGGCUGCGCCUCCGAUUGCACCCUACCAAAGGGGAUCCGCAAACGGAUUUCGUUUCCCAUGGAACUCAAAUAGCGGUUUUGUUGCACGAGCUCUGCCACUUGAAGCACAUGAAUCACGGAAAGGAUUUCAUGCUUUUUCUACGCGACAUCUUCGCUUUCGCCAACAAAACGCUCGGCGUCUUUGCGGCUGGAGAGAGCAAUGAGAUUCCGUCACCUUGGCCAUGGGAAAACCUCAUCUUCCAACGGGCAGGAGAUGUUUCAGAUGAAGAACUCUUGAAACUCUUUGCCGAGCAUCGGGAGAAGCAGCGACAGGUGAAAACCCCCGAGCCUCCGGAAGAAGCGAAGGAACCGAACCAGGUAGAAGCAGAGACAGAGGCAGAAGUGUUGCCGGAGGUGCCUGAAGCGCUGGACAUCGAGGUGGCCGUAGCGUUAGAAGCCUACUUUGAUGGCCUUCACAACGGCGACGUGGAUCGUUUUAAGGAGGUUUGGCAUCCCGAGGGGCAUCUCUACUGGAUUUCGCCGGAGGGAGACCUGGUGGAUCGCAAUGCGGAACAGUUCAUUGCCUACGUAGAAGAAAACAAGAAGUCCCCGCACUUGGCAGAGUAUGAUCCACGAUGGCAAGGGAUCAGACAUGGGCAGUGA